AUGAGUAAACGACAAGAGACCCCUAUUAAGAAGAAUGCGUUUGUCCAUAAACUCUAUUCGAUGUUAAACGACCCAGAGCUCGUGGACCUUAUCUGGUGGACGAGGGAAGAAGACAGCAAUACUUUUGCGCUCAGUCCUGGAAAGGACUUUGCGAAUGCCCUCACGAGGUACUUUAAGCAUGGAAAUGUGGCCAGUUUUGUGAGGCAGUUGCACAUGUAUGGGUUCCACAAGGUUUCAGACCCAAGCCAUGCUAGCGCCGCAAACAAUGAUUCAGAGUUGCCGGUGUGGGAGUUCAAACAUUCGAGUGGAAAAUUUAAGAAGAACGAUGAGAGUUCGCUUGUCUACAUUAAGAGAAGAUCGUCGUCCAACAACGCGAGAAAUGUGUAUAACAACGAGAAUGAUGCCAAUGUCGUGAUUCCGACGUCAACCCCAUCUCCCGAGCAUGCUCAGUACCUUCAGGAGGGCCAUCAUUACUUGCCUCAAGGUUAUUAUUUCUAUAAUGGACACCAGGUAACCCAUCAUAUGUCACCACAGUUGCCAUUCCCUCCUGGAGGUGCACCAGUACCGCUGCAUCAAACAAAACAACCCCCAAUGUAUUAUACUCAAAAACCCAUGCCAUCCUCAGUUCCACAUGAAUAUGCACAAGAUAACGCAUUGGAGAAGCCGAAAAUGCAAGACAUCCAACGGUCCAUAUCACCACAAUCACAACCAGCUCCGCAACAUCAAGUACCUCAGCUGCCAAAACCUCUUCCUAUGGCACAUAUUCAACCACCAAUGUCACAGGCUCAAGCACAACCAUCUCUGCAAGAUACGACAAAGCCACCCUACUCUCAACCAGAUUCACAAGAUACACAGCAACCCCAACAUAACACACCAAAUUUACAAUUCAGGAAAAUAUGGGAAAAUGAUAAUCUGCAUUCCAGACCUCGUAACCCGUCACUUUUAUUCGAUCCUUUGGUGCCGGUUCCUGUGACUUCACAAUUACAACCACUUCAUCAAUUACAAAAUACAGAACAACAACCUCAGUCAAGUUUCUCGUAUUUGUUGCCUAGGUCAGAUUCACGUUCAUCAUAUGCAAGCGCGAGAGAGUCCAUCACGAGUACCAGAGACUCGUUUGCUAGUAAUAGAGACUCGAUCGCUAGUGGUAGAGAGUCACUUGCGAGUGCAAAGGAUUCAUUUUCGAGUGCGAGAGAUUCGUUUGGUAGUGCUAGGGAUUCCUUCGGAAACUCAAGGGAUUCAUUUACGCUUUCGAAAGAUUCAGAUAGGCUCUCCAUCAAAUUGCCACCUCCUUCUUCAAUUCAUAAUCCAACUUUUUAUACAAAUAAUUCAAACUCUCCAUUUUCGUCGGUGUCCGACUCGAAUUCCCAAGCAUCAACAAUUACAACUUCGAACCUACCAAAGGCACCUUCAAAGGAUUCUCCAUUAAGUUCUACGUCUACAUCUACAAUUAAAGUUAAAUCAAAUUCAAUUCCAGAAACAUCUACAACGGCUAAAAGGCCUUCCAUUUUCCCGUCACAUUCAGUUCAUGAGAAAUUGAGGCCUUCAUUGAUCGAGUUACAUUUUGGCACAUCUAACAAAACGUCAAUUUUAAAUCCACAACAUGACUCAAUUGGUUCUCAGUCAUCACAUAAUUCAGUAUUUUCGAAUAACUCUUCAUUAUCUUCAACAUCGUCAUUUCAUAGAACCUCCUCAUUUGGUUCGAUCUCACAUCAUCCCAUUUUCUCAAACAAGAAUUCAAUUUCAAUUGCACCUCAUGAGGUAUUACCGAUUUCUCUGUUGUCACGUUCAAAAGGAUCGAAUCUGGAAGAAGGGAUAAAUCCGGACUCAAAAGAUUCUACACCUGCUUUGAACUCUCCAAAGGUGCCCCAAUUGAAUUCACCUAUAAAAAGGUCUUCGACAACUGCAAUUCCCACUACUAAUGGAGGAGCAGUGGCUCUGAAAAUUAGAUCUUUAAACAGUUCACCAUUAUCAAGACUGUUGACUAAUGAAGAUUUAAUAGCUGGAGAAUCUAGUAACACAAGGGCUUUUAAUACAAAGGUUUCUAUUCAUUCUUUAUUGGAGGAUGACCAUGGAGAUGAAAAGAUUUUGUUGCCAAGCAAGAGCAAUAUAAAAGCUGGUCUUAGAGAAGUGAAGGAAGUUAUCACCGAACUCAAUGAAGAUAAAGACGCUAAUGAGGAUGAUGAGGUGAAAGACACACAACGCCAUUCAAAUGAUUCUCAGAUCCCUCAUAACAGCAUCCAACACUCAAAAUCGCUAGUCGAUCUGAAGAGACAAAAACUUGACUAA